AAUUUUCCAAGAAAAUCAUUUCUUCUCCAUUCUUAUAACUCACAAAUCUGGCCAUCUAUCCUCUCAUCAUCGUUUUCAACAUUCCUUUUUACACUACCUACCUUUUCCGGCCUCCCGGAGUCCAUUUUCAGGCGUGGUUUUAGCGGCGACAUUUUUCCGGCGAAAGCAGUUUUUAUAGUUUUCCGGUUUACUGCGGCGAUAGCAUUUUCCGGCGACUAUUAUUUUUUCCGGCCAGCCAGACAGUCCGUUUUUUGCUCUACAUAUUUUUCCGAUAAACCAUUUUUCAGAGGAGAAACAUUUAACUGAUUAAAUAGCGGAUGAGGAGGUUCUCCUGGAUUGUUGGCAAUCUCCACUUGGGACACAAGUCUUUAAUUCCCCCUGCUGCUGGUGGUGGUGGUGGCAGAAGAUGUCUGAACGGUAUAGGGCUCAAGCGUUCCUUGUCAGGACUGACGUCAGAGAACGAGGAGUCGGAACUGAAGGAAUUUAAUGAUUAUUUGAAUAAUCUGAAAAACCACGAGAAAUCUGGUGUUCCUCAAGGUGCUGGUACCGAUUCCGAUGAUGGUUUUGAUCUUGGAAGAAUGAGGCGGCUUAUGCAAUCACUUGGAAACCCUCAGUCUAAUUACAAGUCCAUUCAUAUUGCUGGGACCAAAGGAAAAGGUUCAACUGCUGCAUUUUUGUCGAAUAUUUUACGUGCUCAAGGCUAUUCUGUUGGAUGCUAUACUAGUCCACAUAUCAAGACCAUAAGAGAACGUAUAACGGUAGGAAGACUAGGUGACCCGGUAUCAGCCAGCGCACUUAAUUCCUUGUUCCAAAAGAUAAAAGUUGUUCUUGAUCAGGCCGUGCAAAUUGAGAUGGGCCAUCUUAGUCAUUUUGAGGUUCUCACUGCUGUGGCGUUCAAUCUAUUUGCUGAAGAAAAUGUGGACAUUGCAGUUAUCGAGGCUGGCUUGGGUGGUGCUCGUGAUGCAACAAACAUAAUCUCGAGCUCAGAUCUUGCCGUUUCUGUCAUAACAACGAUUGGCAAGGAACAUUUGGCUGCACUAGGAGGCUCCUUGGAGAGUAUUGCAGUUGCAAAGUCCGGCAUUAUUAAACAUGGCUGCCCAGUGGUUCUAGGUGGGCCUUAUCCUCCCCACAUUGAGCUCAUUUUUCGCAAUAAAGCAUCUUCAAUGUGUUCUCCAGUAAUACCCGCAUCUGAUGCUGGAAAUAGAAGUAUCAUUAAAAAAAUUAGUAAUGUCUCUGGCAGUCCUUGCCAAGUCUCUGACAUCAUGCUUGACAUUGAGACAGACUUGCAACUAUUUAUUAAGCUCUACGAUGUAAAAUUGUCUCUGCUGGGACUCCAUCAACUUCAAAAUGCUGCAACCGCCACAUGUGCUGCACUCUGCCUUCGUGAUCAAGGAUGGAGAAUAUCUGAUGGAUCAAUUCGUACUGGUCUAGAACGUACACAGUUGAUGGGAAGAAGUCAAUUUUUAACAUCACUAGAAUCUGAGGCAUUAGGACUUCCUGGAGCUACUAUACUACUAGAUGGAGCUCAUACCAAAGAAUCUGCCAAGGCUUUGGUCGACAUGAUUCAGAUAACAUAUCCAGAGGCAAAAUUAGUUUUUGUGAUUUCUAUGGCAACGGACAAAGACCAUCAAGCAUUUGCCAAAGAAUUACUUGCAGUGAAGCAAUUGGAAGCUAUAUUCUUGACAGAAGUUAGCAUCGCCGGGGACCGUUAUAGGACUGCGUCUUUGUCGUUACUAAGAGACCGUUGGAUCCAAGCUUCUAAUGAGUUGGGUAUUAGAUUUUCUGAGGUUGGGGUCGAAGAAUAUAGUGAAUUGCUCAAAAAUCGAUCAGUUAGGUCUGCUGAGAAAGUGAAUGACGGAAUUUUACUUUCCACUAGUAGUUCAUUGAUGAAAUCGAUGAGGAUUGGAGAUGAGAUUCUUCGAUCAAAGGACAGUGGUGAACCAGGUCUUAUAGUGGUUACUGGAUCGCUACAUGUUGUUUCUUCAGUGAUAUGCUCCAUCAAAAGAUAGUUGCAUGUAGGGGCGGAUCUACAGUGCAAGUAGGUAGAUCCUAGGUAGAUUUCGGAAAAAUUAGAGAUCAUGAUGUGGGACUAUUCGGUUUCUUUGUUCACAAUAAAUUUUGGGGGUUUUUUGAAUAAUUAGGGAGGUGAAUAUUGAUAUCAUUAUCAUGACAAUUCAGUUUUUUUAGUUUAUUAGUUAUUUCAAUUUGCAUUGUUAUAAUUUCCCUCUAUAAAUAGGGAUUCAAGUUUUGUUCUUGAGAUGUUUUUUUUGAUCAAUAUAUGAAUUUCGUUUUUCCUUACUGUCAAAA